AUGCUCGGCGGAAGCCCAGAACCUGGUCCGCCCCAGUCGACUUCAAAGAGCGCGGAAGAGGUGCCAAUGCCUAUCGCGACAAGCUCCUCGGGGCCAGCCACUGAAUCACCGCCUGAGGGCCGAGCCGCGACAACAGAUACCUCUCCCCCGUCGAAUCAGCCUGGCCCCUCGGUACAAACUCAACCACCCUCCGCCUCCAUUCAAACUCCCGAAGCCCCAUCUGCGUCUGUCCCUGAUGCUCCGAAGAAGCAUCGACUCCUAUCCCUCCCAUCGCGGACGUCGCUCAAAGCGGAGAGGCCAUCAACCUCGGACAGAGCCCAGGAUGGACCUCACGAUGGAUCCGAGAACACUCUUCGAGGCUCUCGGAGAAGUCUGCUAAGGGGUAGAAGGGACCGCAGUAGAGGAAGCAGCAUGAGAUCUCGCGAUCAAAUCCCAGAUGAGCCUAGCUUGGAAGAGAACAAGUCCGCCAACCCUGAUGUGCGCGACUCUGCCAAACCAGAACAACUGGCCAAACCAUCACGCAAACUUUUCGCCUUCUUGAGUUGCUGUUCGUCUUCUAGUGUUGACCCUGAAGAUGGCUCCAUCCCCCCAAAGAAGACAUCCCGACGACUGUCUGUCCCCCAAACUCAGCCUACGCCGGAGAAAGCAGAUGUCAAUGCGGCCGAUUCGAGUACUGCCGAGUCGAAGGCGCCGAGCUUCUUCCGAGACGAAAAGCCCAAUUUGACCGUGGUUGCCGACCAGCCAACGACCCAGCUGGAUGAAGAGCGCGCAGCACCAGGUAGCGCGCAACAAAGUUCGCAGCUUGACGGAACGAAAACGGCGGCGGUUCAACCCACGUCUAUCCAAAUCCCUUCUUCAUCAAAAUCGUACACCGAAUCCUCUCAGCUAGAUAUACAGUCACCUGUCGUGGUUGGGACGAUAGUAACAGAUACCGCAAAGUCCGACAAGCCAGACGAAACUACAUCAGCAGACGAACAUCCUAUCGGGACGCAGAAAACAGAGGAACCCACAACACCGGCGCAACCCACUGCAGCGGAAGAAGACUCUAAGCAGCCGCUACGUGAUGAAGAGGCAGUGAGGAUACCACCUCCACCCCCGUUAGGAACUGGCAAGCAACCCGAAACGUCCGUAUCAGAUCGACAACAGCAAUGGUUAUUACCUCCAGCCCUGCCACAUCUACGCAGUCGGAAGUGUUUAGUCUUGGAUCUCGAUGAGACACUAGUCCAUAGUAGCUUCAAGGUUCUCGAACGUGCAGACUUUACCAUACCCGUCGAAAUCGAAGGCCAGUAUCACAAUAUCUACGUGAUCAAACGGCCCGGUGUUGAUCAAUUCAUGAAACGAGUUGGAGAGUUGUACGAGGUGGUUGUGUUCACAGCUUCUGUCUCCAAGUACGGCGAUCCUCUGCUAGAUCAGUUGGACAUCCACGGCGUCGUGCACCACAGAUUAUUCCGAGACAGUUGUUAUAACCAUCAAGGCAACUACGUAAAGGAUCUUUCUCAAGUUGGCCGCGACCUUAGAGAUACAAUUAUCAUUGAUAAUUCCCCGACAUCCUAUAUAUUCCACCCGCAACAUGCGAUACCAAUCAGCAGCUGGUUCUCUGACGCUCAUGACAACGAGCUCCUCGAUCUCAUUCCUGUCCUCGAAGACCUCGCCGGUACGCAGGUGAAAGACGUCAGUCUUGUCCUCGACAUCACGCUAUGA